AUGUCUCUCGACUCGCCUACGUACCUGACGUCGCUGCAGAACAACAUCCGCGCGCGGCCGAUCCCGUGGGAUGGCGCCGUCCGAGCCGGGAACAUCACCGACGAGCAGCUGAAGCGCAUUCGCGCGGUCGACAAGGUGCGCAAGGAGCAGCGGCAGAAGACCGUCGAGGCCGACCUGGCCGCGUACACGACGCUGCUGGCCGGCGGCAGCUCCGGCAAGAGCAUCCUCGAGUCGGCGUCGAGGCGCACCGACAUCAUCCAGUAUAUCCUGGUGCUCGCGGCGGAUCUGAUCAAUGAUGUGGCCUCGCUCAAGACGGCGUUGGCGCAGGACCAGGGAAGCUACCGGCAUUUCCUCCCUCUGCUCCGGCACUCCACGAACCCCGAAGACCCCAUACCCCUCCUGACGUCUUCGUUUCUCACCAACCUGAUCUCGGCCUCCCUUCUCGUAUCUCGCAAGACGGGCGCGAAAGACGACGAAGCGCUGCCCCGGCUCUUUUCCUACCUCGCCACGCUCACCAAAAGCACGGACACCGGACUACAGGAUAUCGGCGUGCAGGCUUACUCGGAGCUACUACGGACGACUCGCUCACGGGAGCUCUUUUGGAACCAGAGGUCUACGACGCUUCAGCCGCUGGUUGAUAUACUGCGGGCCGCAGCAGGCUCGGGGAAAGAUAAUGGGUCGACCACGCUGGGCGGCAGCAGCAUUCGGACAGCGGACCUGAAGAUCGGGGGCGGCGUAGGGAUCCAGCUGCUGUACCAUGUGCUGAUUGUGAUCUGGGAGCUGAGCUUUGAAGGGGCCUUGGUGGGCAACCAGCUCGAGUCGGAAUACGAGAUCAUCGCGUUGUACACACACUUGCUCCGCAUCUCGCCGAAAGAGAAGACUACGCGGCUGGUGGUGUACACGCUGUCGAACAUUCUAUCCGCCAACAAGGCGAGCCUGCUCCCGGCGGCGAUCUUCAACGGGCUUCCGGCGCUGCUGGGCACGAUGGAGGCGCGGCACUACGUGGACGACGACCUGCUGGAGGCGAUGAGCACGCUGUCGGAGAUGCUGGCCGAAUACACGCGCACGCAGACGACGUUCGACACGUACGCGGCGGAGGUGCUGUCGGGCCACCUGCGGUGGUCGCCGGCGCACACGAACGCGGCGUUCUGGCGCGACAACGCACGACGCAUCCUGGAGGCGGAGGGCGGGCAGCUGCCGAAGCAGCUGGCGGCGAUCCUGGCGCAGAACUGGGAGGGCGACAAGCAGGUGCUGGCGAUCGCGUGCCACGACGUGGGGUGCCUGGUGAAGGCGGCGCCGGAGCAGCGGGCGGCGCUGGAGAAGCUGGGGCUGAAGGCGCGGGUGAUGGCGCUGAUGGCGGACGGCGACGAGGCGGUGCGGUGGGAGAGCCUGCGGGCGGUGGGCGAGUGGCUGCGGUACACGUUUGAGACGUGA